AACAACGAUCAUGUCGGAUAGGUACAACUACGACGAGGAUGCUUAUAGAGAAUCAUCACCUGACUAUUCAGACAACACAGCCAGACGGAAAAAGCUGAGUCCGCCACUAGCUUCCGCCUUGGCUUCUAAAAAACACAAACUGUCCUCUCCAGCCAUUGUCGACCAAGAGGAAGAGUCAUAUGAAGAACUAGCCCGACAAUACAAAAAGUUCAAGAAUGCCCCGAAGUUUGACCUCAACAGCGAAGAAGUGUUUUGUAUCUGUCGCAAGCCAGACCAUGGCGAGUUGAUGGUUGCGUGUGAUGGGUGUGAAGAGUGGUUUCAUUUCAAGUGUAUGAAUGUCAACCCGGGGUUUUCUCACUUGAUCGCCAAGUUCUAUUGCAAGUUUUGCCAAUGGAAAGGCGUUGGUGUGACUAAAUGGAAACGAAAAUGUCGAUUGCCAGAGUGUUACGAGGCGAUUAGGUCUGAGUCAAAGUAUUGUUCAGAUGAGCAUGGGAAAUUGUACAUGAAGCAAGUGUUGUUGGCAAGAGCAGGAUCAGCGUCAUCUCAUCAGGAUAUAGAUAUAGGAAUAGUCAAGGAUGUGCUUGAUUUUGUUGGCAAAGACUAUGAAAAAUUCACCAAAUUAGGUAGUAAAUUCCCUGAAUUGGACCAAGUAGAAAAGUAUAGAAUGGAUGAAACCAACAUAGAAUCGUUCCUAGAUGGUGUGAAACUGGACUUGCAAAUGGUUUCGGUAAAGUAUAGCAACUUGGAUGAUGCAAUUAAUCAACAAAACCUCAAAAUGUCUCGAUUAAUAGAAAUUAAGGAAAACAUCAAAACCUUGAAUGAAAGAUUGGUGUCUUUGAUAUAUCCUGAACAAGUCCAAGAAUCAAAUUCUUCCAAAAGCAAAAAAUCAAAGAAAGGUUCAAAUAAAAAGAAGAAGGUGGAUUUGUGUUAUUAUGACAAACUAAUAAGCUCAGAUAAUUCAAUUAUUUCCCAAAUAAUCAAUCUGGAUGAAAUUUUCGAAAAGUUUAGUCAACAAGUCAAACGGAAAAUACAAGCCUUAGCUGAAGAAGAGGAAGAAGGAGACCAACAAGAAGAAGUUAGCGAUAUGUUCAUGGAUCAAUUGUGUAUUAAAGACAAGAGAAAGUGUCCUCGUCAUAAUGGCUGGUGGAACUUGGCUUAUGACGAAAUAUCCAAGAAACUAUUAGAACAAAACUCGAGAAUGGAAGUAUUGAAACAGCAAAAGGAAACAAUACUACGAAAUUACUCUAUAGAUGUGUAUGAAAAAGUGUAAUAAACUAUUUCUUCUUCCCGUUAAUUGUAGCCACUAUCCUUCUAGUGUGUCUGUAAGUUCUGAAUUCACACAAGUAGAUUCCUUGCCAAGUACCAGUUGCAAGUCUACCGUUGCUAAUGGGAAUGUUUAAAUUGACCCCAACAGUGGUGCUUUUAACAUGACCAGGCAUAUCGUCAGGGCCCUCAUCAGCAUGGAUAUAAAAGUCACCUUCAGGAACCAUUCUAUCUAAUGAGGAAGUCAUAUCGGUUCUUACGUCGGGAUCGCAAUUUUCGUUCAAAGUCAACCCUGCACUGGUGUGUUGCAAGAACAAGUUGAGAAUACCAACUUCGUAGUUUUUGAUUUGAGGAACAUUGCGUAAUACUUCAUCUGUGAUGAGAUAACAUCCUUUGCUUCUAGGACUAAGUGAAAAAGUUACCUGUUCCCAAGACAUUGUAGCUGUUGUAACUCAGUUGGUUUAGUU